AUGUGUACACUGUGUUGCUGCAAAAGUGGCAAAUGGGGCAGAGAUGAUAGGCUUGUUGAUCGGCAAAGUGCGCAUCUUGCCGUGUUCUCCCAGCCUCGAUUCGAUGCGCCUCAGGAGGACUAUCGGUUCGGGAGAAACCGUUCCCAUGUGCGCAGUUCGGCACGCCGGAAGGAGGGAAACCAGCCUCGCCGGGACAAGAUGGACAUUCUGCUCCGAGAUGAAGGCGACGGCGAGGACGAGGGCGAGGGCGAGGACGAGGGCGAGGGCGAGGGUGUGGGCGAGGACGAUUAA